UUGGCGGUUGCGGCAGCGGUUACAACCGCUAUUCUAUAAAAUACAUGAAUUAAUAUGGAGUGGCAACACAUUAGCCGCCAAAAGGCCGCAACCGCCUUCUCAACCGCUUCUUAGCGCGGUUCGCGGUCGGAAAUUCAACGUAUUGUUUCUUGACUAUGUGUUCACAUUAACGGCGCGGCCAAGAACGAGAUCAGACCAUUUUUGAACCAUGGAUAUAUUCGACACAGAAAAAUUUAUUAUUUUGGUGCAAAAUCGGACUUGUUUGUGGGAUGUUUCUGACAAGGAAUACAAAAAUAGGGAUAAAAAAAUUAUUGCUUGGCAGGAGGUUUUGAAGGAAAUGUAUUCGGAUCAAAAUUUGUCGACUCCGGAAGAAAUAAGAUUAAAAGGGACAGAACUUCAAAAGAAAUGGAAAAAUAUUAAAGACCGUUUUAUUAAGGAUCUCAAAGGUGAUUCGAAAAGCGGCUCAGCAGCAUUAAAAAAGAAGAAUUUAGGCACCGAAUCUAACGUGCCCAAGGAAGCGGUAGACAGCCCAGAAAAUACCGAAGGAAAUGAAGAUGGUUCUGAAGAGGCCACACCAGCACCGCAUUUCAACCAAAGAGCAGCAAUGCCGAACACAAUCUCCAGAAAAAAAGCAUCGUUUGAAGAUAAAUUGUUGACACUUCUAGAAAACAGGCAGCCUCCACAGCCUCUGGAAGAUGACGACGAUUUAAAUUUCUUUAAAUCGUUGUUACCAGCGGUUAAAACCUUGAACCCGCAACAGAAAAUCAAUUUGAGAGUAGAAAUACUGCAAGUUCUCCAAAGAGUUUUAAAUCCUCAGCCCUUUUAUCAUAAUCAGUUCCAAUCAGCGACAUACAUUCCGCCAAUUUCUCAGCAAAUUUUUCACCAAACCAUUCCUUCCAUAUCAUUCUCCGUUCACCCAUCACCAUCAAACCCCUCUGCUUUGUAUGACAGCCGCCCGUGUACCUCUCGUUCAUUACAACCUAUACUUUCACCCACAGAUUCCCAAUCGUCCGACUACAGUGAAAUUUUACCUUUGAUUUAUUUCCUUCUUUUCUUUUUGUAA